GCACCGAUUUCGAUUUUUCAUGGCUGAAAAUUGGUGGAAUGGGAAAAACUCAUAUGGGUUUUAUGAUAGCUUUAGGUCUACAAAAGUUCUCUCGUGAAGAUGAUGAUUAUUAUGGAGAUUUUAGUGGUUCUUGGCCUAAAGAAGUUGACCAACAUCCUCAACAGCCUCUAGCAUAUUAUACCAUUAGAGAAAAGUUGAAAGAAUUGUUGGGUGAUGAUAAAAAUGCAAAAAUUAUAGUCACUGGCCAUAGUUUAGGGGGUGCACUUGCAAUUCUAUUUCCAGCAGUUUUGGCUUUUCAUGGAGAAGUGGAGUUAUUAAAUAGAUUGGAGGGUAUAUAUACUUAUGGCCAACCUAGAGUUGGAGAUAGAGAAUUUGGUGAAUAUAUGAAAAAGAAUUUGAGGGAGCAUAAAAUUAAAUAUUAUAGGAUUGUUUAUAAUUAUGAUUUGGUGACUAAGGUACCCCUUGAUGAUGCCUUGAUGACAUUCAAGCACUUUGGGAAAUAUAUCGUCUUUAACAGCCUCUAUCGCGGAAAGCUGGUUUAG